AGACUGGAAAAAUUGGCAGCUCCAGCCGGGAUCCUCGAAGAAAGCACACGUUAACAUAAGUUUGCUCAUUAGACAUCGUUGGAGUCAAAGGCGUCGAGCAUGCUGGAAUAUACUGCGUAUUCCAAUGUUGGCCCACGAAACAGUUUUUAAUGACACUCAGUGUACCAAAUCCGGGUUAAGAGAGAAUCGAGCUUCCAUGGGUUGACAGCUCAAUACUCCGUAUAGCGACACAGUGUGAUUCUUCCUACGGCAGCCUGCACUUUCGUCCGGAGACUCCCAACGCUUCACACAAACCUUUGUUUCCUAUUGUUUAUUGUUUAUGUCAAGUCAAGUCUUUGACCAAUAUCAGCUUGAACCCUCUAUUCAACUUAGCACACGCUUUGUAUUGAACGUCGAACAAUACCUAGGUGGUUCUAAUUAUAGAUUUCUAGGUUCUACUACAAUGGUGAGAUUCUGAGUGGGAUGCUCGGUUUUUAUUAUAUAUGUUUCGCGUAUUCCUUCAAUCGUUUUAGCUGUAUGUCCAGUGAGGUACUCUUAAGCAACAACAUCAGCGGUCGAAUUCUUAUCGCAGCUACUGCUCUUCCUAAAGCACACCAACGAAAACUCAACAUCGUCUGAGAAAGAACCCGUCGCCAAUAUGACCGACUCCCACUCUUACUUUGGAAAUGCUACGGGAAACGAUUAUCCCGGAAGAUCGGAGCGAACAGAACGACGCCCUGAUCCAAAUGCUGAACCGAAGGCGAGCGAGUCGAAAAAGCAUGUACGAAUGUGCUGGAUCUGCCACGACGAAGUAGAACCGACAUACGAAGAUACGGGUUUCUUAGACGGUAUUCGAAAUCGGCGACCAAAAAGAUCCUAUAUAUCCGAGAAUGGAGACCGACUCAUCAACCCGUGCAGGUGCAAGGGCAGCGUCAAAUAUGUCCACGAGGGUUGUUUGAAGCUUUGGAUGAAUGAGAACCCAAAUGCUUUCAAAUGCAACCGAUGCUUGUACCAAUAUAGAAUGGAACGAAUGACCUGGGCCCAGCGAAUCCGAAGCCCAAUUGUCACCCUUGGACUUACAAUACUCAUACUCGUGAUCACUAUAUUCUUACUUGGUUUUAUAGCCGAUCCUAUUCUCAACCUGUGGCUCGAUCCCGUCGGCACAAUAGCAGAAUCAGUUACGACUGGUCAUGUCAGUCUAGACGACGAUGAUGAUAUAUUGGGCGACCUAGGCUGGCCUCUUCACUUUAUGAAGGGACUUUUCUCGCUUGGGUUGCUUGGCUUCGUCAAGGCCUUUCUCGUUAUGAGCCCCUGGCAAUGGUGGAAUUUACGAACCAGUGGCAUAAUAGGCGGAGGAGGCCGUCGUGCAGGAACCGGACGUGAACGAAUGGAGAAUAUCAACCUGAUUCUUGUUCUCAUCGGCGUCGGCACGUUUUUAUUUACGGUUUGGAAGGCCACGCGAAAGUGGACCGAGAGGACCCUUGACAGAGCGAGUCAAAGGAUUCUGAAUGUUCAGAGCGACAACAAUGACGAUGAUGAUAGUGAUGACGAAGACGAUUAGUCCCGAAACGAAAUUGACAGCCCUAUGAUUUUGAAGCAUGAUAUUGUUCGUUUUGCCAUUUUGCCGAAUUUUCGAAUUGUACCAAUUACGAUAUUACGAUGAACUUGCACACUCUUAAGUUGCCUUGAAGUUGCUCUUCCGUUUCUUGUCAACUAGUCUGUGUGCAAAGAUUGAUACCUUGCUACUUAUCUGAUGAGUUUGGGCGUCUUGCUCUUAUUCGUACGCGGACUUGUGCAAGGACGUCGGAUCUCUCGCCUUACGUCAUUGGCUCUUUUUGAGCUCAUUCGACUCAACUACCCUUUCCCCAUAUUCCAAUGGUCUUUAUAUGGAGGUGUGGUUUGGCUAUUUCGAUACAGACGAUCUUCCAUAGACGAUCUUCUAAGCCUCACGUCGUUAUUAUCCCCCCUAACCCAGUGAUUGUGAAGCCUGAUUGGUUGAGGGUCUGUUGAGGACCUUCUCCUUUAGGCACUUGAUAAGGUACAUGGAUACAUUCAGGGAUGGAAUAGGUUAGUUUGAUUAGCUAAGCGACCCGGGGUCAAACGGUCGGGACCACUGACCGCGAGGUUCAAUGUUCUGCACGUUCCAGGCCAACAGGGGUGGCCAGGCCACUUUAGCUUUAGGUCAAUUAAAAAGUAGCCAAAAAUGAGUUUCCCGU